GCGAAAGAAAUUAUAAGCACGGAACGGACCCGUGAAAUCCCACUGGCCGCCCACCGUCCUCUCCCUCCCUCGCUGCUGCAAGUUCCUUCCUUUUGCGCGACGACUUCCUCGCUCGAAGGGCCUUCCCUCGCCUUCCGCCAUGACUCGCGGCAAUCAGAGAGAUCGCGACAGGGAGAGAGCCCAGGCGCGGGGUACCAAGAAGGGGAGCACCAAGGACGACGGCUUGACUGUCGAGCAGCGCCGCGAAAGGGAUGCGAAGGCCUUGCAGGAGAAGUUGGCAAAGAAGGCGGCCCAGGGGGGAGCCAGCGGGGAUGCCGGAGGUAGUAGCAGCGGCAAAAAAUGAAAGGCGUCGGUCCAAUUGGGUUGAUUUCUCCUUUUCCUCCUGAGGGUGUCUUUUGUUCAGUAUUUCUGGGUGGACAUAGUUUCCAUAUGAAGAACAAGACGUGAGUUUGACUGGGUUUGUUGGUUAUGUUUCCGAUUAUACAAUGUCGAGAAGUUUCGUGGUUGUUAAGAAUCUAAUCCAUCAUUGUCAUGUAUUUGUAUCGGUGAUCAUCUAUUAUCAGUGUCAAUGACUGGUAGUCUUUAUGGAAUGUCCUUCUAGAACUCGAGCAUUUUAUGAAGCUAUUAGUAAAAACUG